AUGAACAAGGAGCUGGCAUCUGGCCCACAGCUGGCUCUGAGUGAGAAUGAAAGCCACGUGGGGCAGCUGGGCGGGAACUUGGGGAAGGAGGGUCAGAAAGGCAGCCAAAAUGUUAACACUGCUCUCUUUCUUUCCCUCCCAGGCCUGGCGCUCCUGCUGCCCCCUGCCGCUCUGGCCACCUUGGCAGAAAGCUGGCUCCGAGAGGACUGCCCAGGCCUCAACCACAUGGCCUUGGUCACGGGGGCAGCCCCCUCACAGGCGGUGCUGUGGGCCAAGUCCCCCGGGGUGCUGGCUGGGAGGCCCUUCCUUGAUGCCAUCUUUGCCCAAGUCAACUGCCAGGUCCUGGUUCCCUCGUCCUGGUUCCUCCCCGAGGGAUCAAGGCUGGUGCCUGUGGCCAAGGUGGCCGAGGUCCGGGGCCCUGCCCACUGCCUGCUUCUGGGGGAGCGGGUGGCCCUUAAUAUGCUGGCCCGCUGCAGUGGGGUUGCCAGUGCUGCCGCUGCUGCUGUGGAGACCGCCAGGGGGACUGGCUGGGCCGGGCACGUGGCAGGCACGAGGAAGACGACGCCAGGCUUCCGGCUGGUGGAGAAGUAUGGGCUCCUAGUGGGCGGGGCCGCCUCCCACCGCUACGACUUGGGAGGGCUGGUGAUGGUGAAGGACAACCACGUCAUGGCAGCCGGUGGUGUGGAAAAGGCGGUGAGGGGGGCCCGGCAGACCGCCGACUUCUCCCUGAAGGUGGAGGUCGAGUGCAGCAGCCUGCAGGAGGCUGUGGAGGCGGCCGAGGCAGGAGCAGACCUCGUCUUGCUGGACAACUUCAGGCCUGAGGAACUGCACCCCACGGCCGCGGCGCUGAAGGCCCGGUUCCCGAACGUGGGCGUGGAGGCGAGCGGGGGCAUCACGCUGGACAGCCUCCCUCAGUUCUGUGGGCCCCAUAUCGAUGUUAUCUCUUUGGGGAUGCUGACCCAGGCUGCCCCGGCCCUCGAUUUCUCCCUCAAGCUGUUUGCCGAAGGAGCCACUCCAGUGCCCUACGCCCGCCUCUCCUAA